AGAAUAGAUUGAAGGAAGGAAAAGAGGGAUUGUGUUUGUAGGGACAUUAGAUUAAGAAGGGGAAGAGUGGAAGAGAUGGAAAGAUGAAACUUGAACGCUUUCUUGCCUGCCAUUGCUUCUCUCUGCACUCCAUUUAGGAGAUCCUGCUCUGAUCUCUCUCAGAUUGCUCGUUUCUGGAAUUGUUGCGAGGUGUUGAUGAGGCCGAACGAGGAGCAGAUCCACGGGACGCAUCGGCAGAAACCCGGAUAACAGAGGAGCUAAAAACGAGGUAGGUUGUGUGCGUUGGUGGGCCGGUGAAGGCGAGAGAGCACUUUCCUCGGGGGGGCUUCUUGAAAGUUGAGGUUUUUAAUUGGCCAUACCUGUGUCGCUGGAGUUUCUCGGGUUCUUGAUUUCUGACUUAUUUGAUUGCUGGUGGGUGUAUCUUCUUCAAGCAAUUUGAUUUAUUCGAAGGGUUUUGGUAGAAUUGUAUUGUUGUGCAUUCCGUAAGCAGAAAGGUGAGUUCUUGAUGCGGAGGGCUCUUUUUGGGAGAAGAAAGAUGUAGGUUUUGAUACUGUAGGCUUGUGAGACUGGUUAGUAUGCAUCUUUUGGUAGAAUUUGGUGAAAAGGUGACGUUUGCUUGAAACUUGUGGCUGGGAGGCUUCGUUUCGUGGAUCUCUGUGGUUGUCUUUGGAUUCCUUUUUUACUUUUCUUUCUGGUUUGGUUUGUGAGAAUAUGUUGGACAUGUUAGGAAGUGUAGAGUGAUGAACAGAAAGGGUUUUCAAAGUUAGGUUCUGGGACUCUGGAUUUGGCUGCUUUUUGGGUUCAAUAAAUGGGGAGAAGGUAAUAAUGUGAAGUCUUGGUUUUCCUAUAUGCCCCAAGGAAUUAUUUAUGCUCAUGAACUUUCUUUUAAGAUAAAAGAUUCAGUUUGUCACAUCCAAAAAGAACUCAAGGAUUCAUUUGGUUGUCCAUGAACUUUUGGAGGCUUCGGGAUGACAGAGGGUGGUCUUUGAUUUUUGUUCCCUUCAAUUCAGGAGAAUGAGGGUGUUUAGCUGACGAAGUGGUUGGUUAUGUUCUUGGUGAUCUAACUCUUCUCUUGUAUAUAUUGUAUGUGCAUUACGCCUUGGUCUUAUUACUACCGAUGGCUAAAUUCUUGGAGAUCUUGGGACCUGGAAGAGUAUCUGCUGCCAUUGAUCUCAAGUUCAUAGCUUUGUUUGCUGCUCUAUUUGUAUCUAGUUCUGAUGGGAUAAACAUGGAAGGCAAGUACCUCUUGCAACUUAAGAGUGAAAUAAGAGACGUUCUCCACAACCUUGAUAACUGGAGCCCUGAUGAUCUUACGCCCUGCCAGUGGAAUGGUGUUAAUUGCACUUCUGACUAUGAUCCAGUGGUUUUCUCACUUGAUCUGAACUCCAUGAAUCUUUCUGGGUCUGUUUCUCCAAGCAUUGGGGGAUUGAUUCACUUGACUUAUCUUGACCUUUCCUUCAAUCAGUUCUCUGGGACGAUCCCCGGGGAGAUUGGAAAUUGCUCCAAGUUAGAGAUGCUGUACCUGAACAAUAACAACUUUGAGGGCAGCAUCCCACCACAACUGGGGAACCUUGUCUCCUUGUUCAAGUGCAAUUUGUGCAAUAACAAACUUUCUGGUUCAUUUCCUGAGGAGAUCGGAAAUCUCUCAUCGCUCAUGGAAUUUGUGGCAUACACCAACGACCUUAUUGGUCCAUUGCCUCGUACCAUAGGCAAGCUCAAGAACUUGGCCAUCUUUCGAGUAGGGCAGAAUCUGAUCUCUGGAAGCAUUCCGGUUGAGAUCAGUGAAUGCCACAACCUCGAAUUGCUUGGUCUUGCCCAAAAUCAGCUAGGAGGAGCGAUUCCUAAAGAAAUAGGGAAACUAAGGUACCUAGCUGAACUGAUCCUUUGGGACAAUCAAUUAUCUGGAGUUAUUCCUAAAGAGCUCGGAAACUGUACAGACCUUGUGACACUUGCACUUUACCAGAAUUAUCUAGUGGGUGAUAUACCUGUUGAGCUCGGAAACCUGAAGAAUCUAGAGAAGCUAUAUCUUUACAGGAAUAGUUUCAAUGGGACAAUACCUAAAGAAAUUGGGAAUCUUACUCUGGCAACAGAAAUAGAUUUCUCGGAGAAUAUGUUGACGGGGAAAAUACCAGCAGAGUUGAGUAACAUAAAAGGCUUGCGCCUGCUCUACCUCUUUGAGAACCAGCUUGUAGGCAUCAUACCCCCCGAGCUGUGUGCGCUGAAGAACUUAAGUAAGCUCGACCUCUCAAUCAAUUAUCUCACUGGAUCCGUUCCUCCCGGAUUGCAAUAUCUGCCUGAUCUGAUCCAGUUGCAACUCUUCAACAACAUGCUCUUUGGUAACAUUCCUCAGAAUCUUGGAUUGUAUAGUCCACUUUGGGUGGUUGAUUUCUCAAACAAUAACCUCACUGGUCAAAUCCCAAGUCAUCUAUGCCGACAUUCAAAUCUUAUUUUGUUGAAUCUCUGGUCCAAUGAACUAAGUGGUAGCAUCCCCCCUGGGGUUACAAAUUGCAAAUCCUUGGUGCAGCUUCGUCUAGGUGGGAAUAGCCUCACAGGAGGCUUCCCCUCUGAUCUCUGUGGACUGGAAAACCUUACCACCAUUGAGUUAGAUGAGAACAGGUUCAGUUGUCCUAUCCCUCCGGAGAUAGGACAGUGCAAAGCUCUGCAGAGACUGGACCUGGCAAACAACUUCUUCACACAUGAGUUGCCAGGUGAAAUUGGAAAUCUGUCACAGCUUGUCGUCUUUAACAUCUCCUCCAAUGAAUUUGGAGGAAGAAUGCCUCCAGAAAUAUUUAACUGUACGAUGCUUCAACGACUUGAUCUCAGCCAUAAUCACUUUGAAGGAAAAUUGCCUAAUGAAAUUGGAAAACUUCUGCAGCUCGAACUGCUUAUACUUUCUGAUAAUAUGUUUUCUGGAACCGUACCUUCCAUCAUAGGAAAGCUCUCUCAUUUGACAGAACUGCAGAUGGGUGGUAAUCAAUUUUUUGGCACAAUACCAAAUGAAUUGGGUGGGCUUUCAAGUUUACAAAUUGCAAUGAAUCUCAGCUAUAAUAAUUUUUCUGGAAAUAUUCCACCAGAGAUUGGCAAUCUUGCGCUGCUAGAAUUCCUUUUGUUAAAUAAUAACUACUUAACUGGUGUAAUCCCAGCCACAUUUGCAAAUUUAUCUAGUUUACGUGGACUGAAUGUCUCUUAUAAUGAUCUAACUGGAUCUCUUCCUCCCAUUCCAUUGAUUCAAAGUAUGGCCCAAAGCAGCUUUAUUGGAAAUAAAGGGCUAUGUGGUGGACCACUUGGCGAAUGUGGUGUAUCGCCAUCUUCUUCUACAUCACCAUCAUUGAGAAAAAAAAGCACCCCCUUCAGUAAGAUCAUUGUCAUUAUUGCUGCUGCUGUUGGAAGCAUUUCACUUGUUCUGAUCGCUGUUGUUUUAUAUUUUAUGAGACGGCCAGUCGAGACAAUGGCUCCAUUGAAAGAGAAACAACUAUAUUGUUCAGCAUCAGGCACACAUAUCUCCCCAAGAGAAGGAUUCACAUUCCAUGAUCUGGUUGCUGCUACAGAUAAUUUUGAUGAGAGUUUUGUUAUUGGAAGGGGUGCUUGUGGCACAGUUUACAGAGCUAUUACCCAGUCUGGGCGGACAGUUGCCGUAAAGAAAUUAGCAUCUAGUAGGGAAGGAAGUAACAUUGAGAACAGCUUCCGUGCAGAGAUUUCUACUCUUGGAAAGAUUCGACAUCGAAAUAUUGUAAAGCUAUAUGGUUUCACCUAUCACAAUGGUUCCAAAUUUCUUCUCUACGAGUACAUGUCAAGUGGAAGCCUGGCUGAUCUUCUUCAUGGAGAAUCUUCUUUUCCACUUGACUGGGAUACUCGUUUUAUGAUUGCCGUUGGGACUGCUGAGGGGCUUUCAUACUUACACCACGAUUGCAAGCCCCACAUCAUUCACCGAGAUAUAAAGUCCAGCAACAUUUUGCUUGAUGAAAAUUUUGAAGCUCAUGUUGGAGAUUUUGGAUUAGCGAAGUUGAUUGACGUGCCACAGUUAAAAUCAAUGUCUGCAAUUGCUGGGUCAUAUGGGUAUAUAGCACCUGAAUAUGCAUAUACUAUGAAGGUUACAGAAAAAUGUGAUAUAUAUAGCUAUGGAGUUGUCCUACUGGAAUUGCUGACCGGAAGAACACCAGUGCAACCACUUGACCAAGGAGGUGACCUUGUUACAUGGGUAAGAGCAUAUAUUAAGGAUAAUUCUUUGACUUCUGGAAUAUUUGACAGUCAUUUGAACUUGGAAGACAAGAAUGCUAUCAGCCACAUGAUCAUGGUUUUGAAAAUUGCUUUAUUAUGUACAAGUUCAUCACCAUUGAAUAGGCCAUCUAUGCGAGAAGUUGUACUGAUGUUAAUGGAGUCUAAAGAGAAAGCUAGGGGCCUUCCAUCCUCCACAGAUUCUGAUCACUCUGUGAAGAAAGACCAGUCAUAGUGUAUUUAUAUUUUACAUUCAUCAAAAUUAUAUGUUCACUCCGAUAUAUACUUUUUAAAUAGCCCUCCUCAGUUCCCAUCUUGUAUGCAAUAACUACUCAUUACAUCUCAAAAUUUUUACUCACAAAAUCCGAAGGUGAAACUUAGUAUGAUCCAGAUCGUCUUGUUUGCCAGUUAGCGUGAUUUUGGAAGCCAAACGGAUGAAAAGAGCUGCUAAAGCUAAAGCCAAACGUAUACUUCUUUGAUGAUACUUCAGCGUAAACAUUGUAAUUAAGUUUAUUUAGUCUGUACCUAGUUUCAUCUUUUUUUUUUUCGAAACCAUGAUACUUCAAGGUGAUUUAGUUUGUAAACCAGAAAUUAUUUCUUCUAGUGUUGUUUGAACAAGUUUUGUA